AAGAGAUUGUUGUAUUUUGAAUUGCUCCCGCGCUAUUUGUUAAUCUGUAUUUUACUAUUAUUUAAGUAAAUUACAACUACAUUUUUUUGGCAAUAUUUUAUGAAGUUUUAAUUUUUGAUAUAGCAACACUAAAGUUUUAUCGGGGUAACGAUUACGUGUUCUUUUGCCGCUUUUACGAAUACCGUUGAAGCGAACUGAGUCAGUCAUGAACAUUUCUCAAAGCAAACCAAUUGAUCUAAAUUAAAAAAGAAAAUUAUUGCAGUACAUUUGUGCAGUGAAUUAUUGUGUUUAUAAAUAUUAUUAUAUUGGAUAAAGUUAAUAUUUGAAGACGAUAAACCAUGGCAAGGGUCAGCGUUCUACUAGUGUUGCUCUGUCAGAUUCUGACGCUACCGAUCCUUGGUGGUAGAAGCGACGAUGACAAUCCGUUCUUGGAUCUAGCGUCUUCCUUCCUUCAAAACAUGGCGGACGGUGGUGGUAACAAUAUGAAUGGAAUGGCGGCCAUCGGCAACAUAGUCGGAACUCUAAUGCAGGGUGAUAAUGCUAAGAAUUUAGGAGCGCUUUUUGGACAAUCAGAUGGUGCUAAUACUGGUGACGUUUUGUCUGGUCUAGGAAGUCUACUAGGUGGUCAAGAUGGCAAAAUAGAUCCAGCACUAAUGGGUUCUAUGAUAACCAUGUUUGCAAACCAGAUGGGAGGCGGCGAACAACCAAAGCCACAACGACAGAAGAGACAAAGUCCAGACGGUCAGAUGAAUCUAGACGGUAUACUUAAUCUAGCUUCAGGGCUACUAGGAAAUAAGAACGCAGCAGGAGUCCUUCCUUUAGUUAUGAAUACACUAAGUUCCUUCUCUGCUCCCGAAGUAGAUAAACGUGCAGACAAUCAUAAAGAACAUGCCACAUUCCUACCUCCGUUCUUGGAGAAAGCACACCUUUAUUGGGAUCUGUUUAUGAACUCUGAACUAGGAAAGACCAUUUGGGAGAAAUCGGGUUUGAAGAAAACAAUGAAAGCGUUCACAGCUCCCGAUGGUUCGAUCAGUUUUGAACUUAUGUUUAAGAACUUUGAAAAUCAUUCGUUCAGAAGACACUGGAUUAAAACAGCUGCAAAAUAUUUGACUGAUAUGGUUGUUCACGUGGCUAAACCGGAAGUAUAUCAGAGAUACCUAGUAUCAGGUCAAUUCAUUAUAAACAGCUUCCUAGACGCACAGGGUCUGCCAGCAAGCACUCAUUUCAAUAUGAAGAGACCAACAGAGUCUCUAACAAAACUCAUCAACUACGUGCUACAGCAUUACUUGGACAUGGAUACCGAUGUAUCAGAUUACGUGAAACCUGCGGUGGAAUAUCUUAAGCAAACUAUGAAAAUGGCUCAAUCCACAUCACAGAGUAUCGCCAGUAAGGGCGACUACAAUGCCGUAGCUGACAGGUUGACUGACACCCUGAACUUGGAAGUUAUAGAGCCAGUUCUCAGAGUGUACCGAGCGUACAAGCACUCGGUGAAAGCACCACACUGUCAAGAACAUCUCAUGUGCCUUGUAAAUAGACAUCCAGAUGAGGGCAAGCAAGGUCUGCCCGGCUUCAAAGCUGGUCUCACCAAACUGAGCAGCCUCGCCGCGUCUGCUGCGCUUAGCUUCCAGAACGGAAAAGGAUUCUGGGACCUUUACAACGCUAUACAGAAUGACGUCAAUUGUGAGGCAAAAUAUCCCGCCGAUUGCGCUUCUUUCCACGAACACGAAAUGAAAGUAACAACUGAGGUUUACCACAUGGAAUUAUAAAACUAAUAUGAAUAAUUAUAGUUAAUAUAUUUUUAAUAAA